CCUUAAUAUAUACUCGAUACCCGCGCGGGUCGCACGCCUCGCGACAAAUCGCGAUUCAAACGGCAUUCCAUUUGACAUUCGAUUUUGUUUUUAAAAAGUUUCCUUUUUAAUUUGAACAGUGAGCUUGGUUAUGCGGACGUAACUUUUUAAUUUUUGAAAAUGGAAGUUAGUGCAAUGCCCCCGAUGCCGCUAGACUUUUCUAUGGUACGGAGUGGCAGCGGCUCACCUGGUGGUAUCAGGGAAGGGUCGCCACGGCCCGUCUCCAACAGCGCCUUCAGAGUUGUCACGCCUAAAGGAGUGUCAGCAAGCGAAGCGCUAAGAAAUGGGAUCUGUCACUCUCUUUGGGGAGCGUCUGCAUCCAGACCUGAACCUCGCCUGGCGUCCCCACCACCACAAAGCCAUGACACCUACGCCAUCAGAGAUGAAAUAAAAUUCGGCAUCAAUCGUUUGGUGGGAGACAGAAUUCAUGAUGAAGAGGACGAGAUGCAGAACAAUGAAACAAGACCUGAAGGUGUAUCACCUGCCUCCCGUUGUGGAAGUCCAUGCUGGAACCCCUCUCCUCAAUCUCCACGAUCAGUAAGAUCAAGUUCCCCUGAAUUAGAAGUAGAUUCACCCCCCUCAUCACCAAGAAGACACCCAGACUCUUCGACACCUCCAAAAAGAUCCGAAGCAUUUUCUAUGAGCGUUCUUUUAAGACCCGAUGCUCCCAGAGUACAGCCACAACGACCUUUUUUAUAUCCACCAUUGCCUUUCGCGGAUCUGUUGCGUGAUGCCAGCAGCCUUGGACUUCCAGGUUGGGGCGGCUACGGUAACUUUUAUCUUCAAGCUGUACAAGCAGCAGGACCGGAACUAAUGCGAUUGCGGGCUGCCGUACUUGGAGCUCAAGGUCCAUUGACAAGACCUUUGCCGAUAGGAGACGUGUUCUCUUGUGUUAAGUGUGAGAAGAUAUUCAGUACGCCACAUGGAUUAGAAGUUCAUGCAAGGAGAUCACAUAAUGGAAAACGACCUUUCGCUUGUGAACAAUGCAGUAAGACUUUUGGACAUGAAAUCAGCCUCACCCAACACAGAGCUGUCCACAGCGUGGAAAAAGUAUUUGAAUGCAAGCAAUGUGGCAAAACGUUCAAAAGAUCAAGUACCCUGUCCACCCACCUUCUGAUUCACUCGGACACCAGACCCUACCCUUGUCAGUACUGCGGAAAAAGGUUCCAUCAAAAAUCUGACAUGAAGAAACACACGUACAUACACACAGGCGAGAAACCACACAAAUGUCAAGUAUGCGGCAAAGCUUUCAGCCAAAGCUCAAACCUGAUCACUCAUUCCCGCAAACACACGGGAUUCAAGCCAUUCGCGUGUGAACUGUGCGGGAGAGCGUUUCAGAGGAAGGUGGAUCUUCGUAGGCAUAGGGAGACGCAGCAUGCAGAUCUCAGGCCGGCACAGCAUAUGCAGCCGCCGCAUACGGAUGUACACCCCAUGCAUGCACAGGACUUACAUGCGCACACAGAUCACAGAAUAGAACUCCGACCACCACAUCCAGAACUGCGACCGCAACAUUCAGACUUCAGACCGCACAUGACCACCGCGGUGCCACCCCUGCAGCCGCUCCCCUCCUGAACUUCAACAGCCUUCGCGCCUGCUAACUGGCGCUAAGGCAAACUACCAACUUCAUAUACCAGUAAUACAAAAUAUUAAUCCGAACAUAGUCGGAAUGCUAUAUAACAAUCAGUGUUACUCAAAUUCAGGUUGUAUUAUAAUGUUAUGAAAAACUUACCCUCAAUUUCGUUUAUUUUUUUACAUAGAAUAGAUCGCUUAUAUUUGUCCUCACGAUAGAAGCAGUCAUUAUGUUAAACAUUGAGUCCAUUCACCCAUUUAGUCGUAUAAAAAAAUCAAAUGGACUUACAUAAAUUCACUUCAAUAAAUAACUAUAAUAAAAAAUAUAAUGUUGAUGAUAGAAGCGAUUUAAAUGCAUUGUCAGAUAUGAAUACACUUUUUAAUAAUAUUAUAAUACGACCUAUGAAUUAUAUCGAAUGAUUUAUUUAGGUAUCUGCUUCCGCAUCAUACAUAUAUCAUUUUCCAUCUCCAAUAUCUGAUAUAAAUGUAUGUACAGUACCAGAAUAAUAGAAUAUACAUAGAUGUUAAGAUAUUUACAACAAAUUUUGAACAUUGUUAGAUGUACCCAUUGAGUAAACUCUCGAAUCGCUUCUACUGUAAUUCGCUGAUUUUACGACAGACCAUUAUGUAUGUAAGCUAUCCAUAGAUAGAAUCUGUAUCUAUAACUAUAGGUAUAAUCUAUAUUUAUAGAUAGAAUAUGCCAGAACAAUGUGAUGUGACAGUUUCCGCUCUACAUUUUGGCACCCGACUUUUCCGCCGGUCCGUUUAAUAGUAUAAAUAUUUCUAUUCAUUUAUUUUAAUAGAACUACAAAUGCAAAUUAAUCGAGUUACUCUAGAAAUAACUAAACUUUAGUAAUAAACAACAAAAUUUUAUUUGCACUCACAAAAUUCACAGAAUUAUUUUAGAUACUAGUAACUAUUUUUCAGUAGAUUGUAAUAAAAAUUUCGAUAUUUAUUGUUAAAGUUUAAUAGUCAUUUUUUAUUCUGAACUUCCGUUUAAUACAACCUAGCCAGUUGUAUUAACAAAAAUGUUGAAUAGACAGUUGAUGAGUCAAAUGCGAUCGGGUGCCAAUUCGUAUCCCAGUGUGGUAAAUUACCAAAGAUUUUGAAUACAGGGUUAAACGUCAAGGAUAUAGCCUAAAGCCAGUGACAAUAUUAAUGGAACUAUCAUACGUCUGCUUAAUUUCAAAUUCUGAAAGAGAAGUUUACUUAUUUUAUUAUAUUUGUAGUCAUAUACAACUUUUAUGUUAAUUAUACUCGUAGUCUUAUUAAGAAGUACAUUUCUAUUUUCACCAGACGAAUGUAGUUCCACAUUGAAGCACAGAAUUAAAUUUACACAUAUACAGAGUGAGAGCUUUCAACCAGUGCUCAUUUUGUUAAAUUGCAUCGAAAUACAGCAACUAUAAAUAAUACCUUAUU